AACUCGGUGCCUCCGCGAUCUUCGCUCCGGCCGAGCGAGCCAUCGAACGUGCGCGAGCGUCGGUCCUAACCGCAAUUCCAGAUUAGAAUUCAAUUAAUAUUUAAAAAAAAGUUAGUUACUUUAAUUGUGCUGAGUUUUAGAUAGUGGUACAGUGAUGUUAAGUGCGAAAUACACUGGUAAAGAGAUAUGACGGAUUUGGAAUAAAAACAAUUGCAGUUUGUAAAAACACAUGGGUGCAAGAUGACAAGAAAAUUUCUCUUCUGUUUCCCCCUCAGGGUGGGAAACAUGGUCUUCGGCUAUUUCAUAUUAGUAAUAACGAUAGCAGUAAUGGCUUACAAUUUAUACCAGCUUGGCCUUAGCAUCAAUUCACCGGAAAAAGUAGAUUCCAGCAAAUUCAAAAACUGGGAGAAACUAGAGGACCUAUUCGGAGAGAAAAAAGAAACGUUGGUAGCAGUAGUUGCUAUGGUGUAUUACGCAUCGUAUAUUGUUGUUGCUUUCCUGAUGUUUAUCUUCUCCGCGAUGUUUACGUGUGGAGCUUAUUCGGUGAACAACUGCCUGGUGUCGUCGUUCUUCCUGUACAGCUUCUUCCAUUUAUUCCUCACGAUAGUCCUGAUCGUGUGGGAGGCCACCUCCGGCGGCUGGAUACAGCUCGGCCUUGUUGCUGGAUCAGAUUUGAUCCUGAUUAUAUGCCUCUUCAGCGUCAAGUAUCUGAUGGAAGCAAUCCGAACGGGCAACAUUUACAGCAGGCCGGGAGAAGUGUAUUAUAAGUAUUAAGUAGAUGUUUUUAAUUUACGAAUAUUGAUAACCUUAAGUAAACGCUGGAGUCAAUUUACCCUCGAUUAUUCGAACGUCACGUCAUUAUGCUAACAGCACUUGUCAACAACAAAAUUGAAAUGUGAAAAUCUCGAAAUUAUUAUCAAUUCUAUAUCUGGGGGCACGGUAGUGCCCCCGCCAAUACGAGCAAAGCGUAGCGCAAGGGCACUACCUACCUUUUCUCGAAACGCUUCGUCGUUUUUUUGAACCCUCAUAGCUUGGGUUUGGAUUACAUAUUCCGCUGAACCGAUUUAAGGAUGACUCACGCUAGACCGGGCCGUGCCCGGGCCGAGGCGUCCGACGUGUCAUUUUCUAUGACGGCAGAUCGAUGAUCACGUGGUGCUUUCCAUAGAAAACGAAGCGCCGGAAGCUCCGGUCCGGUCUAGCGUAAGUCAUCCUUUAGUUGAAAGGUGUGGUUAAUAGUUUGAGGUCCGGGAAAGGAUGGUCAAGGAGGACUUAUGAUAGUUUUUAUCAUAUUAAAGGGAAGUAUUACCUACUUUCUGAAAUAUAAGUUUACUUUGAGUGUUUCUUCAUCCGUGUUUUGAAAGUAUAAGAUAGAAGAGAUUAGAAUAAAGUUAGAUAUUCUAAAAACAUUCGACCGACGACCGGUCUGGCCUAGUGGGUAGUGACCCUGCCUGUGAAGCCGAUGGUCCUGGGUUCGAAUCCCAGUAAGGGCAUUUAUUUGUGUGAUGACACAGAUAUUUGUUCCUGAGUCAUGGUUGUUUUCUAUGUAUUUAAGUAUUUAUAUAUUAUAUAUAUAUAUCGUUGUCUGAGUACCCUCAACACAAGCCUUCUUGAGCUUACUGGGGGACUUGGUCAAUCUGUGUAAGAAUGUCCUAUAUAUUUAUUUAUUUAUUUAUUAUUAUUAUUCGAAACUAUUUGAUUGAACAAACGAUUAUACAUAUAGGUAUAACUGCAUAUUAGAAAGCCAAUAUUUAAAAGUACCUAUAUAUAUACGUUUAGUAUUAACUGUUAUUGUUUUUUCCUAUUUGUAUUUUUUGCAAUUGUAUUUUUUCCCGUGAUUGUAUAAAGUCAAUGAUAGUACUUUUACACCUACCCUUAAAUUGCAUGUUUGUAGUCAUAUUUUUGGAUAACUUGUACAUAUUUUUGUAAAGUACUGGGUACUGUUUUGUAUUUAUUAAUAAUAUUGCCCUGGACAAUUUGUGGCGUUAAGAUUUUACAGCUUAGUAAAUAUAAUUUUAUAUUUUGAAUAAGAAUUUUGUCGCCUUUAUGAUAAACAUAU